CCGGCUCCCGCCCCCCGCUGGCGCGUCCUGGAAGGGGUCGGCCGCCCGGCCCGGGCCGUGGGGCCUCGGUGUCCUCGCCGACCCAGGGCGGCCUGCGGGAUUUGGGUAGGAAGCGUCGCGGUGGACUUGGGUGUCUUGAGGUCGAGUCCUGGCCAUUUUGCGAACCGAAGGUUCCGAGCGCUCGGGCCGAGCCGCCCGACGGCGCCCCGCGUGCUGGGCCCAGAGCUUCCUCCGGAAACUUGCCCUGGGCACCUGGGCUUGGGAGCGUCCCGGGGCGCCUGCUGCUUGUUCGGGUGGGUCUCACUUUAGGGGAUGUGUAAGGCGGACCCCCCGGGGCCCCCGGUUGUGGUGGUGCAGGUACGGUGUGGUCAGGGCCCGGUGGAGACGGGAAGGUGGUCACGCCCAGGGGAGGGAGCAGCCGGCGGCGGGGCUUGGCCGAGCGCUCGAGUGGAUGGGGUCUGAAAGGGCAUUUCAGCGGAGGGAACAGCAUCAGAGGGCGAAAGUGUGGAAAAUUACCACGCUGGGGACCCAGGAGGAAUGGGGAGGGGGAUGAACGGAGAGGCAGUGGGAACCAAAUUGUGGGUGACCCGUGCACCGGGCGGGACUGUCCUCUGUGUAACGGGGGCCAUCUGAGGAGGGAGGUCCACUCCACAGACAGGUGCGGUGAUGACUCUGGAACUCUGUACGCAAAUCUCCAGACGUGAUACUUCUGGUCUCUGCUUGGAAUGGUUUUGUCUUAUCUUUGCCUUUGUUUUCUUGAGGCUGAGCCUGAAACAGUGACAUCCAACAGAGAACUUACCCACUGCGAGCUCUGUGCCGGGCCCUGUGGGCCGUGGGACUGGCAGUGGACAGACAAGGCUCCCCCUCAAGAAGCUUGCGUUGUAGUAGGAGGCAAUAGAGAGAGAAAGCGGAAAGCAAUCAGAAACGAUCGUCACACAGAAUAAAACAGGGUGACAUGAUGUGAGGGACCGGCACCUGUUGGACAGUCACAGGCGGCCUCUCCCGAGGCGGCGGCCUUGGAACAGCAGAGGGAAGAGGACCGCAGGCACCCAGCCGUGUGAGGGUUGCCCCGUUCGGGAACAGGUCUGACUCGUGUCUGAAGGAGACCCACUCGCUCCCUCCCUCCCUCGGUCGCCCUGCGGGCCAGGCCUGCUGCUGAUGCUAACACGGCUGGCCGCUCACUCCCACAGAGGCCCGGGAGGGGCCUACGGUGCUUUACAAAUCGGAGUGGGGCCGGCCGAGGUGGCCUGCGGGUCACGCCAUAGACAGGCCGUUUGACUCCAAAGUUCACGUUCUAAACGUCGCUGUACGCAAGCUCAGCCACGGUGUGGAGCCGUGUGUCACCACGUAUGUCGUUUGCCAGGGCACGUACUUUAAAGGAAUACCCAGGUUUAUCUAAUGGUCAUCUUAAUGCCUCAGCUCAAGUAGAAGCGUUUUAAAGCAUGUCAGAAGGUGACAGUGUGGGAGAUUCCGUCCACGGGAAACCUUCUGUGGUGUACAGAUUCUUCACAAGACUUGGACAGAUCUAUCAGUCCUGGCUCGACAAGUCUACGCCGUACACGGCUGUGCGAUGGGUGGUGACGCUGGGCCUGAGCUUCGUCUACAUGAUCCGAGUUUACCUGCUGCAGGGUUGGUACAUCGUGACCUACGCCUUGGGAAUCUACCAUCUAAAUCUCUUCAUAGCUUUCCUUUCUCCAAAAGUGGAUCCUUCCUUAAUGGAAGAUUCAGAUGAUGGCCCCUCGUUACCAACCAAACAGAAUGAGGAGUUCCGGCCCUUCAUUCGAAGGCUCCCAGAGUUUAAGUUUUGGCACGCAGCGACCAAGGGCAUCCUGGUGGCGAUGGUCUGCACCUUCUUUGAGGCAUUCAACGUCCCGGUGUUCUGGCCCAUCCUGGUCAUGUACUUCAUCAUGCUUUUCUGUAUCACGAUGAAGAGGCAAAUAAAGCACAUGAUCAAGUACCGGUACAUCCCGUUCACGCACGGCAAGAGGACGUACAAGGGGAAGGAGGACGUGGGCAAGACGUUCGCCAGCUAGACGCGGCCGCCCUCCGCGGGCCCUGGACGGCCGCAAGUUGCUGUGACGCCGUCUUCUUUCCUCACAUAAAGUAGUUGAUUACAAGGGAGUUAUUUUCUUUUUAAAAAGGAGCUUCAAUUAUUUGUAACUGAAAUAUCAGGUUCUUGAAGAAACUGGCCUUUAAACCGAAUCGCGUUGAUUUAUUUUCCAGUGCCGGUCAGGCGUCCAGAUGCUGGCCUUGCAGAGGGCAGGCCGGGUGGACAGCCGUGUGGGCUGGGGGGCGGGGGCGGGGGGCCGGGCCCGCGGAAGGAGCCAGGACGCCAGCUGCUGCCUCCCAGGACGCUCACCGUGGCCCCGGAGGACGCUCGCCUGUCCGUCCGGCGCGUGGAGGAAGGAGAUUCUGCAGCAACUCUGGGCUCUAAUGCCGGUUUCCGAAUUUCAUCUCGCUAGAGAUGUGUUGAGUUGGCCUCUAUCAUGAUGACUCAAAACUUCGUUCUUAACUACCAUGAUUGCUUCUGAGGGCCUGGAAUUAUAAAUAUAUAUAUUUUAAUUGUUUGAGAUUAUUUUGACACAUUUCUUUGAUACGUGAAGGGUUGUUUUAACUUCAACGUGUUCUCGUGCAGCAGCCCCUUUUCAGACACACCUGGCAGGAGCAGCCAGUUCUGUGGCUUUUAACACAUGGCUUCCCACUUUCUACAGGGAAACAGCUCUGACCUGCAUGUCAAGUUUUUUGAUGUGAUAAAAACCAAUACUCGUAAACAUUUUACCGAGUGACUUUUUAAUUCCAACUUCAUUAAAGACAACGUCCCUGCUCUCCUGUAGUCUUCAUCUAACCCACUACGCCUCCGGCACUGUGAGGGCCUGGCGGGGGAGUGCGGCCUCCCUGGAGGGCGGGCCGUGCUGCUGAGGCCGCGGCCCAGACACCGGUGGUCUGUUCCCACUCCCUGCUGCAAGCGCCGUUUCCAUCUGUCCGCGGGUUUCAGACAUCGAGUGUUUACCGCCUGGCUUUUCUUUUGCCAGGUUUUGCAUAGCUGAAAUUGAGCUCCUCUUGCUUUUAAGAGGCCGUAUGAAGACCAUUUGUGUACCCGAUCCUGAGUUUUAACUUCAUGUGUAAAUGAUGUCCAAAUCGGUACUUUUAUUACCACGUUGUGGCACCUGAGGUGUUCAAACUCUAGACUAUUUUUUGUUUUGUUUUUCAUACUGUUUCCCUGGUAAAUGCACAGGCCUGAAAUACGGGAAAUUGCAGGCACUUGGUGAGUGUAAGUAAGGGGUUUUGGGAACCGUGGAGCCUCCCCUGGGGCUCCUGCCUGUCUGGAGCAGGGCCCACGGUCACGGCCUGCCUCUGGGGCUGACCUCUGCUCACCGAGGAGUCUCUGUUCCUGCAUCACCGCUCCCACAGAGUCACAUGGAGGGAGAAGCGGCCUGUAGGGGCCCUGGGAGGGCCCGUUCCACACGGGCUUCCGUUCACCUCACGGCGCUAACACACCAGCACUUCUGUGGACUUGCUGUUGUAAGGAUGCCUACGGCAAAGUCCUGUCUCUGCACAGCUUAGGUAGAUGUAAAAACCUGAAAAUAACAAAAAAGGUGGCAGGAAGUGUGUUGGACACAGCAGUGAGCCAGUGUGUAGGCGAGCUGGCCCACCACCAGCUUUGGAGACGGGCGGCCUCAGUGGGUCAGGCUGGCUGGAGCCCGCCAGGCGCUCCAAGCAGGAGGAGACGGCUCGUGUUCAGAGGCCGGGACACACACUUCCAUUUUAUUUUAAAAAUUUAUUUUAUUAAUUAUUUUUGGCUGCAUUGGGUUGGGUCUUUGUUGCUGAGUGUGGGCUUUCUCUAGCUGCGGGGAGCAGGGACUACUCUUCGGUGCAGUGCGCGGGCUUCUCAUUGCAGUGGCUUCUCUUGUUGUGGAGCACGGGCUCUAGGCGCGCAGGCUCAGUAGUUGUGGCGCACAGGCUUAGUUGCUUCGCGGCAUGUGGGAUCUUCCCGAACCAGGGCUUGAACCCCUGUGCCCUGCAUUGGCAGGCGGAUUCUUAAUCGCUGCGCCACCAGGGAAGCCCUCCAUUUUCUAAAACGGGAAACAAACUUGACAUUUAUUAGAAGGCACCUGCCAAACGUGUUAGGGGGCAAUCACGGCUACUCUCCGGGAAGGGCUGUGCCCCCUCGCCCCAAAAGCCAGCUCCAGUGACGAGGGUUAAGGUUUGUGGGUCGUUUGGGCUGGAAGACUGACCACGCUGGGAAGGCAGGCUGCUGGUUUCCGGCCCUUGUUCAGUCCUGGCCCGUCUGGCCCUGCCCUCACUGUGUGCCUGGUAUUGGAUAUAAACGACCGGUUUGGGGAAGGGAGGGAAGUUCUGUUUAAGUGCUGAGCUGUCUGGCUGGCAGCCCUGCAGGCCCUGCCCAACCUGCCCUGAGGCCAUUUCACGGCCAGGUCCAGGUCCAGCGCCUGUCCUCCCCGGCGGCUGGCACAGUAUCUUCUGUGACAAAGAAUAAAAGACUUGAGAAUUUCA